CUGAAUCAUAUCAAAUUCCCAAACACAAAAACGCCUCUCCUCUUUCUUCCUUUCUGCAGAGGCGGCGGCGGAGGUCCACGGCUGCGCUACGCAUUCAAUACAUAGCCACAUAGGGCGGCUCUGCGUUGUGUCGCGCCGGAGCGAGCGUUAUGGAGUGUAGAGAAGUACCUCUGUACGUUUCUGCAGCCCAAAUCUCAAUGGUCCACUGAGAGAAGAAGAAGAAGAAGACAUUGAGUGCGUUUCACUCCUCGUAACUGGCUUUCACGCUGAUCGUCGGAAAAGGAAAAGCAGAAAAGAAAAGAGAGAUUGAAGUCUGCUGGAAUGAAAGCGAUUGAAGGGAGGAAUGGAGGAAGGAAGAAUCUGAUGAAUGUGUGUGUUCGCGCGCUUAAAGUUUCGUAGCCACGAAACCCUCUUUUUCUAAUCCCGACGAUUCGAUUCGAUUCGAUUACUUCCAAUCCAAUCGACUUUUCCGUUCUUCUUCUCCAUAAUCGGUUUCUUUCUCUUUCUACGGGUCCUGAUUGAAAGUUAUGGAAAGCGACUGCUGGACGUGAUCGUUUAAUCUUUUGCCUUUUUCUUGUCCUGCUACUGUUCAUAAGAGACAAGAUCUUUGUGAUUCUGCGCAGUUACUGAGCUUCUCGAACUCGGUUCGCCUAAAGUCAUUGGCGUUAAAAAAUUCAGUGGAUUGCUGCUUUCUGUACCAGAGAUGUUGACGUGCGUAGCCUGCUCGAAGCAACAGAACAAUGGAUCUCUGCACCAGCAGGAGGGAGAAGAAUCCGUUGCUACACCGAGGACUAAACAAACAAUCAAGGCCCUCACUGCUCAGAUCAAGGACAUCGCCCUUAAAGCCUCUGGAGCUUACAAGAACUGCAAGCCAUGUUCAGGUUCAUCUAGCGACAACCGCAAGUAUAAAUAUGCAGAAUCUGAUUCUGCAUCAGAUUCGGCGAGGUUUCAUUGUCCUUACAGGCGGAAUGGGAGUUCAAAUUCCACACCAAGGCAAUGGGGAAAGGAAAUGGAGGCCAGAUUGAAAGCUCUGUCAAGUGGGGAAGGAACUCCAGCUUCAGGGAGUGGACGAACUGAGAUUGUUUUCAUGGAAGAAGACGAACCCAAGGAAUGGGUAGCGCAGGUGGAGCCUGGUGUGCUUAUCACUUUCGUUUCAUUUCCACAAGGAGGAAACGAUCUCAAACGAAUUCGUUUCAGCCGUGAAUUGUUCAACAAAUGGCAAGCUGAAAGAUGGUGGGCGGAAAAUUAUGAGAAGGUUAUGGAAUUGUAUAAUGUCCAGCGGUUCAACAGCGAAGCUUUUCCCCUCCCGCCAUCCCCUCCACUGUCAGAAGACGAGGGAUCCAAGAUUGAAUCUGCCAAGGACAGCCCCGCUACUCGACAUUUGACCAACCAGCGGCUUCCUCAAACCUCCGAUCACCCAAUGGGAAACUCGUUAUCCAAGUCACUCGAUCACCAUCCUAACCAACCCACUCAUGGCUAUGAUUUAACUUCAUCCAUGAAACCCUCCAGUGCUAACGAUGCCAAGAUCGAGACACCAUCCGUAGAUGGUUCUGUGAGGACGAGUGAGGGAGACCAAUCAGAAGAAGAUUUUUCUGUAAGUAAUGCCAGUGAUCUGGAGACUGAAUGGAUCGAACAGGACGAAUCAGGAGUCUAUAUCACCAUCCGGUCUCUUCCGGGUGGCUCGAGGGAGCUGAGACGCAUUCGAUUCAGUCGAGAAAAGUUCGGGGAAAUGCAUGCGAGAUUAUGGUGGGAAGAGAACCGAGCUCGGAUACAAGAACAGUAUUUGUGAUGGGGUAUAGCUUACUGGAAUUGCAUCUCUGCCUCUCUUUUUCUUUCAAUUUAGACCUCUCUAUGUGACUUAUGAUAGCAGGGAUAACAGAAUCUAUACUGAUGUUCAUUCUGUCUCAUUUCAGCAAGAUUUCUCUUUCCAUGGGCUUUCGAUGGGCCCAUUAAGCUCCCUUAUUUCAGGUCCAUUUCAGGCCCAA